AUGGAUUUUCAAAACCGGCCUGGAGGAAAAACAGGGGGUGGUGGCGUCGCAUCAUGGUCUGAAAGCAACCGGGAUCGCCGCGAACGUCUUCGCCAACUUGCUUUGGAAACAAUCGAUUUGAAUAAGGAUCCUUAUUUUAUGAAAAACCAUUUAGGUUCUUAUGAGUGCAAAUUAUGCCUUACUCUUCACAAUAAUGAAGGAAGCUAUUUAGCUCAUACUCAGGGAAAGAAACAUCAAGCGAAUCUUGCUCGAAGAGCUGCUAAAGAGGCAAAAGAAGCCCCACAGCAGCUGGCACCAGAAAAACCUAGAAUUGAACCAAAGAAAUUUGUUAAAAUAGGACGACCUGGUUAUAGAGUAACUAAACAAAAGGACCCUGACAAUGGCCAACAAAGUUUACUGUUUCAAGUUGACUACCCUGAAAUCUCUGAAGGUGUACAGCCACGACAUCGCUUUAUGUCUGCAUAUGAACAAAAAAUUGAACCUCCAGAUCGUAGAUGGCAGUAUUUGUUGUUUGCUGCAGAACCUUAUGAGACUAUAGCAUUUAAGGUGCCAAGUAGGGAAGUGGAAAAACAUGAUUCCAAGUUUUGGACUCAUUGGAAUAAGGAUACAAAGCAAUUCUUCUUGCAAUUUGCAUUUAAGUUAGAGCCCUUAAGAAUGCCACCUCCUCCUCCAAAAAUGUGGGAAAAUCAUGGAAUUGGUCUGCCUCCACCUCCUGGGGCGCCUAUGAUGGGGGUACCCCCACCACCACCUCUGAUGCCAGUGCCACCCCCACCACCAUCUAUGUAA